AUGGCAGCGGUAUCACCGCCCAAGCCAUGGGAGCGUAAUGGGGCUGCGGGCGCGAGCACAGGUUUAAAUCAUAAAGCCCUAGCAACAUCUCCAAGUGUUUCUGCACUUAAUGGAGGACAAUCAACGACGCAGCCAACAUCCGCGGCGUCGUCUUCAUCUGCUCCGGCAAUCCCCCAGAGACCUUCAAGUCUCACCUCUGCAGUCAACAUAAACGCGUCGGCGUAUUCUCCUUACGGCGCAAACAGACUAGGAGGCGUAGGCUCACCGUAUGGUGGAAUUGGUAGUGCCUACUCAUCCCCAUACUCGAGGAUGGGAGGUAUGGGAUACGGCGGCUACGGAGGUGGGAUGUACGGCGGCAUGGGAGGAAUGGGAGGAUAUGGAUCCAUGUACGGAGGAGGGAUGUAUGGCGGCGGGAUGCCAGGCAUGCAACCAGAUCCGAAUGAUCCCAACAGCCUAACGAAUGGCUUCACACAGAGCACAGCAGCGACGUUUCAAAUUAUCGAGAGCAUAGUAGGAGCCUUUGGAGGGUUUGCUCAAAUGCUCGAGAGCACAUAUAUGGCUACACAUUCCAGCUUUUUUGCAAUGGUAUCCGUUGCUGAGCAAUUCGGAAAUCUAAGGAAUACUCUGGGUUCGAUACUAGGAAUUUUCACUCUCAUGCGCUGGCUACGAACGCUUUUUGCCAAGCUUACAGGCCGACCUCCUCCAGCAGAUGCUACGGCACUCACACCUAGUGCGUUUGCCAAAUUUGAAGGCCGAACACUCCCAGACGGCACUCAGGCCGUUGCUCCUAGACCAAGCAAGAAGCCAUUCCUCUUCUUCUUAGCGGCCGCUUUCGGUCUGCCAUACCUGAUGGGGAAGCUCAUCAAAGCUCUCGCAGCAUCACAAGAGGAGGAACAGCGAAGGCUGGCUGCCUCAGGCCAAGUACAGAUUGGACCAGAUGGCCAACCAAUUCAGCAAUUCGAUCCUUCAAAGCUCGAUUUCUAUCGUGUACUUUACGACUUCACACCCGAAUCAGGAGCAGCAGUGCAAGGUGUAGAUCUAGAGGUCAAGAAAGGCGACUUAGUUGCUGUAUUGAGCAAGACAGAUCCAAUGGGAAACCCCAGCGAGUGGUGGAAAUGUAGAGCGCGAGAUAAGCGUAUGGGCUAUCUUCCAGGCGUGUAUCUCGAACUUGCAAGACGGCCAGGUCAAGCAAUUGCUGAGAUCAAAAGCGCGAGCCAAAGUGGCAGUCGUGCAAGCAGUUUGACCAGUCAGACUCCGAAGCCUGUCAUCACUGGCAAGGCGGGUGACAUUGGAGUUGAGAGCUUUCAGAAGAGUUCGUUCUAUUCGUAG